CCCGCGGCCCCGCUCCUUUCUUCCCGCGGCUCCGGGUCUGCUGCCUGCUGUCACGAAGAGCCAGACUAGCUGCAGCCGGGCAGCAGCCGGGGAGGGACGGGAGGGGGCGGAGGAGCCGGGAGCAGCAGACGCAGCCUCCGCGCGCAGGAGACAGACUGAAGGGAGGAGGAGGCGGAGGCGGCUGCGAGGGUCUUCAGCUGCUCUGCGAAAGGCAGCCCUCCGCCCUGGGGCGGGUGAGAUGGAGGGGCUUUCGGAGGGAAGAAUAACUGAAAUUACUGGCUGAACAGGAUGAUUAUUAAUUAAAUAGAAUUCAAAGCUGUACUGUGGCUUCCUGAAUCAGUUGUGCCUGCACAAGUGAACGGUGAAGCUCAAAGUGAUCACCAGAAAAGGAGUGAAGAAUAUCUCUGGCUGACUCUAAGCAAAAUGCGCACACAAACAAGCGAUAGAACCCUAUGAUGUCCUCCAAGCAGAGACUUAGACUAAAUGUUGAACUUCUUUUUAUGCAUGAAAUGGCUGCUAUCUUCUUCACAAAUACAAUGGCUAUAAUUCUUUGUCAGGACGGUUGAGGCACUUCACCUGCACUUGCCAUUUGAAUUUGAGACACAUCCUAUUUUCCCUAGGUCUUAAAGGACCUGAGAACAGGUGGGAACCGAGGGAUGUUAAAUGCUGGAUUGGGAUAAAAAAAAUGGACACUCACAUGUGAAGAUGGAAGUAACUUGAUCCCUCCAACUGCAUAAACUGCCUCUGGAAAGGAAAGGUUAAGAUUGGAGUCACAAGCUUUAGUGGAAGAGCAGUAUGCAGGAAGCUGGUUUUCAGGCCACAAACGCUUUCACAGAGUGCAAAUUCACCUGCACCAGUGGCAAAUGCUUAUAUCGUGCCUCACUGCUCUGUAAUGAACAGAAUGAUUGUGGGGAUAAUAGCGAUGAAGAGAACUGCUUACUUGUAACUGAACAUCCACCUCCAAGCAUCUUCAGCUCGGAACUAGAGUUUAUUCAGAUUAUCAUCAUCAUAGUGGUGAUAACUGUUAUGAUAGUAGUGAUCAUCUGCUUGCUGAAUCAUUAUAAGGGGUCAACAAGGUCCUUCAUCAGUCGUCAGAGCCAAAGCAGGAGGCAAGAGGACUCUUUACAACCAGAGGGGUGUCUGUGGCCUUCUGACAGCUCAUCUUCUCGACAAGGACCUUCAGAGAUUAUGUAUGCCCCACGUUCCAGGGACAGAUUUACCGCUCCAUCUUUUCUGCAGCGAGAACAUUUCAGUCGCUUCCAGCCAACUUAUCCCUAUGUGCAGCACGAGAUUGAUCUGCCUCCUACAAUCUCUCUUUCUGAUGGUGAAGAGCCACCACCAUACCAAGGGCCCUGCACUCUGCAGCUUCGGGAUCCAGAACAACAGAUGGAACUUAACAGAGAAUCCGUGAGGGCACCACCAAACAGAACUAUAUUUGACAGCGACUUGAUAGAUGUUUCAGUAUAUAAUGCGGGCCCUUGCCCACCAAGCAGCAAUUCGGGAAUAAGUGCAACCAAUUAUAGCAGUAAUGGAAGGAUGGAAGGACCACCCCCAACUUACAGUGAGGUCAUGGGGCAUUAUCCGGGUUCCUCUUUUUUCCAUCACCAGCAAAGCAACGCGCCUUCUUCAUCACAGAGGGGGAGCAGACUUCAGUUUCAGCAGAACAAUUCAGAGAGCACAAUAGUCCCUAUUGAAAGCAAAGACAGGAAACCAGGAAACUUUGUCUAGUUUCUUUUUCCGUGUGCACUUGAAGAGAGACGGGAGAAUCAAACAGGAGCAUAAGGGAAGCUUCUAUGCCCCUGUGCACAAUAUUGUUAAAAGUUCAUGUGACACAAUUUAGUAAAACCAAACGUACAAAGCUGUUCUUUAUUUCCGAUUCCUUUAAUGGGAAGUGCAUGAAAAUUGUUUUGAAAUAAUUGCAACCUUCCAGUCAGUUUGGCCAUGAGCAGUGUUUUUUAAAAAAUAUAUUAUUUUUUUAAUAACGUAUUUGAAUUAUUUAAUUUUAAGAAGUAACAGGCACAGAAACAUUGGCCUGUUUUAUAGUAAGUUAAAGCCUAAAAGAGGAGAGUUAAGAAAGAUUACUAGCUAAAUGGGGGCAAAAUUGGCCAGUUUGCUUUCCCUCCCUUCUCCCAGAAUAUAUGAUUUCUUUUUUCCUGUUUCCACAUUUAUGUUGUGUGCCAAGUUUUUUUAGAAAAAAAAAACUAAAAGAAUACAAGGAGUUAAUUUGUGUUGUGAUACUAGUGUGUUAAAUUUGCACUAUCUUUCAUGUUUUAAAUAUCUACGAAGGAACUGUUUUACCUAUAAGGUUCUUCUAUAAGGUGUCUUUUCACCUUUUCAUUAUUAGCCCCCAGGACUUUGCCCAGGCCUCUAUUGAUGAUCCCAUUUUGGGGCAUACAGAUUUAAAUAGGUUUCUUAUCAUUCUACAUAACUGACAAUAAAUGAUAGAAGAUGUUUUAACAUGUUACUGUUUGCAAUAAUUUUGCAUUCAAAUAGGGUAUCAGCAAAUUCUCUUAGAAAUUUAUAGGUGGAAGAAAGCAAAUGUGAAAAUACAGAAGCACCUUCUUUAGGUGGUUUUUAGCUACAAGCCAUUUGUUAUACUAGAACAGAUUAAAUGCCACAUUUACUUUUUUUUGUAACUAUAGCUAUAACUUAACUGCUUGUCACCCUUUUUUUUUACACGAUUCAGUGUCAGUAGUACUUAAAGCUUUUGCAAAUUUUUAUCUUCAGUGUAGUCCAUAAUAUAUUCAGUCAUAUAGCCUUACUUACAUCAUACAAUAAAUGAUUUAAAAAGUACAACAUGGAUUCUGCUGUUAAAUUAUAAUUAUGUUGUUUAAUAUUAGUUUUUUGUGUUUUACUUUCUAAAGACAGUGAUCUAUUCUCAGUCUGCGUUUCUUAUCUGAUAAUGUGGGAAUAAUUGAUUGCAGAAUGCUACCAGGAACUGCUUCAGAGUAUUAAUCAGUUUUACAAUUGGUUAAUGUUGUUCUGCAUCAAAUUGAUUUUAAAUCUAUUGUGCAAGCAAUCACAUAAUGUUUUAGAUCUUUUUUUCUUAAUUGAAAUUUCUUACUCUCUUGAAUGCCACAUUAGGACUGCUCCAGUUUUUAGACUUGGACUCUAAAGUAUUCCAGCAAUUUUGAUCUGUUUUGGAAUCCUCAGUUAUUGGCUUUUAUGCUUGAUCAUGUGUUUUUAGUAAAUUGAAAGAGUUUUGAAGGAAAUGGUUUUCUAUUCAAAAGCACAGCUAAAGCACAACAGGCACUUCAAAUAUGGUGAGCAAAUGAACUUUAAAAGAAAACAAAAGAAAAUCUAUAGAGUUCUGAUAUUCUGGGCAAAAUUGCAAUUGCAGACAAGUUUCCUUCAAAUUUCCCUUUUUUAUGGUUUUUAUAGGCAACAUUUUCCUAAUUGAAAUAGUCUAACAAGGACAUCAAUGGCACUAUAACAAUGUACUGUACUGAUACCUUUGUUCUGUUUGCAGAAUUUUUUUUCUCUUUCCGGAGGACUUCUAUAACCUGAAGUAAGUUAGAGUGAAAUCUGGAAUCUGAACUCAGUUUCUGAUCUAUGCAGAGUUUUUAUGCCAAAAUAGCAUGUGUGGUGGAUGUGUGUUUUAAUUCCAUCUCUGUCUGGAAGCUUUCAUAAACCUUAAAAGUGAACUCAAUGACUAGCUUGAAAAAAUCCUUAAAUAACAAUUCUGUUGUAAGGAUAGAAUCCUGUUUUUGUAAUUGGGUAGAAUCUGUUUAUGUCCUGAUUAUGUAGCCAUGAUUUAGAAGCUAUUUUUCUGAUCCUUGUGAUCUUUACUGAUUCACAUAUCUGUCAUGUGACAAUUGUAAAAACUCUGUGAUAUAUAUGUGAAACAGCCAUUACAAGUUGGCAUCUUCAAGUUUUCAUAUUUGGUGAACAUUGUUUCUUUCAAUAGAUGUAAAUUUUUUUGAUACUAUUUGGUGUUGCCCGUUUAAAAAUGUAAGACUGAAAUCCAGUGACUAUUUUUGAAACCCUGAUUUCCAAAUGAAAUUUCUCUGAACUAAAACUCAGAAUGACAUAGUCAUAUAUGACAUAUUUUAAAUUAUAACUCGGGUUUAGCCAAGAGAGCAAAGCUCACGUUAAUACAGUUUUAUAGUUAUAUAAAAAAAUUCAUUGUAUGAAUGGAUAAUUAAGUCAACCCUACUUUUUGACUUUGGAAGUUGUCAGUCUUAACUGGAAACUCUUGAAUAUGUAGAUGGAAAGUCGGUAUAAUGAUUAAAUGCUUGAAAUUGAAUUUUAUGUACUAUUUAUUCAAAAUAAUAUUUCAUAAAAAGUAAUUUUAUUUGAUGUUAAACCCAAUAUUAAUUUAAGCACUGACAUAAUUUUUAGAUUACUAGAAAACUCCCUCAAACUGCUAAAAUCUAUUUCUUUUUUUUUCUUUUUUUUCCCUUUCCCCAAAUGUUUUACUGUUUUGGUCCCAUUAUUGCUGAAAGCUCUGGAUAGUUCUUGUAUUAGGAUUCAAAAUGGGCUACAAUGUAGGAACAGAUGCUUUAGAAAUGAGCCUUUCCUUGUGCAAUGUAAUUACUGGAAUUUCCUUUAAAUAAUGCCAUUUUGGAACAGUGCCAUAACAAUCUCAGUAGGUUGAUUUUAUGUUUCUUUUUUUCCCUUUUUUCUUCCAACUCUUUUUUGAACCUGGCACCUCUGUAUUAUCUUCUCUUACUACUGUCAUAUUUAUAUUUUCCAGAAAUGUUGUUUGAAAGCUUUAUCUCAAAUUCAUAUGAAAGCAGUCUGUUUAGGAGUUAGAAUAGGAAUUAAUGGGAAGCUUAGAAAUAUGUUAAUUCUAGAGUGUUGCUUCAGAAAUGGCAUCUUCAAAUGGUAUUUUAUAGGGCAAAUAUUUUUAAUGAGAUAGAUUCAUAAGAGUGAAGUAUUUGGGACUUUUAAAGGUUGAAAUUAUUUGUCUCUCUUUUAAUGGUGAAAAUGCUGUCAGCUUAAAUCUGAAACUGAGUAUUUUGGGCUUUUGGGAUCCAGAUGAAAUGUUAAGAAGGAUAGUGAUAAGUUGUAGUGAUAAGUCUUAUGAAAACAUUUUGUAAGGUGGAGCAUCAAAUGACAGCCUCCCUACAUCAGUAUUUAUCUUACUAAAAGCUGACUAAAAGUUAUUGCAGUAGGAAAUGUCAUACUUUUCUGCAACCUGGCAGUCAAAAUAGAGUAGUAUUGUCCAUUUUAUGACCCUUUCAAAAUUGGUUGUCUAUCUGUCUAAUAAUGGGUUGGCCUUGUCCAGGAGCUAGCAAUGCAUAACAUGCAAGCCACAUCUACAUGAUAAAAUUAUUGUAAUAAAAUUAAUUUCAUGUUUUGCAUUUUUUUUAAAAAGGAGCAACAUUUAUAGACAAACCAGCAGUUUAUUCAAAAUUGUAUACUUUAGUAAUUUUUAUACCUAUAUAUGCAAGGCAUAAUUAAUCCCAACUUUUGAAAAAUGCAGUCCAUGAAAAUUUUCUUUUGAUACGUAAUUACAGUUGUGUGCAGCUCUCAACAAUCUAACUAUCAAAUGUUAUAAAUAAAUUGUGUAUAUUUGUAAUGCACAAACGUAUACACAAACAGUCUUUUUUUACUUAGGUCAUCUUUUAAUUAAGAUAGAGGGUCUUGCUUAACCCAGGAAUAAUUGCUAUUUAUUUUCAGGUUAGAAUCCAGUUAGUUAUUCUUAUCAAUUUUUUUUAUCAAAUAAAAAAUGUAUUAGUAUAAGUUUUCUGUAUUCAAAGAAUAAGCACACACAGGGAUUAGUAACAGAAUUAAUAUAAAUACUUUCUUAAUUAACAAAAAUCAUUAUUUCAUCUGUUCUGAAACCUUUCUUUCCUUAAAGUAUUCCUCAUCAUGUACAACAUAGUUGAUUAGGAUCUCAGAAGUCUAGCUGUAACCUCAAAAGUUCUCCACUUGCCAAAAAAGUUAUAUAGAAAUAAAUGGCUUUAAUCUGCUUUUAAACCAUACAAUUAAAGCCCAUCUCCUCUCCUUUUUUUUUUCUUUUUCAGAUUACUUGUAGCAAUCUGUAUAUGACUAUGCAGUAAUGAGUCUUGUGGUUUGCUUUAAUAUAUUGUAACCACAUACAGGUUUACAACCUAAAUGUUCUAAAUUAAGUCUCAUUAACUCAAUUUGUCAUCCUAUAUGCAUUUCCAAGAAUUAGCCAAUAUGCCUAUAUACAUUUCCAAGAAUUAGCCAACAAACAAUAUGUUUGUUGUGUAUGAAACACAGCAAUGUAUGUUAUACUUUCAGCUUCUUACGAUGUCAUGUAGUAUCCUUGUGCAACAUAGGUAUAGAUACUGGAUUCUUUCUCUGCAUGCUUUAUGCUCCAUAACGUCAGAUAAUUUGCACAGGACCUCUUAGGAUCAUAAGGUUGGGGAAGGAAGAAGAUUUUAUAUGUGAGGUUUAAGGUAUUUGUGAAGUAAAUUGGGUUAGAUUUCACUGAUCAAGUGUAUUGAUCUUUCCAAAGGCAUGUAACAUCCUUUUAAAUAUUGGUGCGGAAGUGGGUAUUAAAUUCAAGAAAAACAUAUAUGAAUCUCAAUUGCAGGCAAUUUGAGUCUAAAUCUCUCAGAUAGUGAUGUUGAAGGACAAUUAAGUGGACAAUUUGUAUUUAUAAACUAACACAUUUGAUCAAACCAUUUAAACUCUUUAAUAUCAAAAACUACAUUGUCAUGAAGUUAUGCUUGAUUAUACUUAUGCCCUAAAUUCUGGACAGAAAAGUUUUGUAGUGCUUGUUAAGAUGAGUUACUGCUGAUAUAGAAAGGAAAUCAGCCUGUUGCUGAUGAGGCUCAAAGAGACAGAAAUUUCUCUGUUGCAUAUUUAAAUGCAUAAGUAUUUAAGGGGCUAAUUUGACCUCAUGGAAGCAGAGAGAUUGCAAGGGCAAAUGAUCUAUAACCAUUUCCAAGAGAUGCAGAUGAGAUUUAUUUGUAUGCAACAGAACACAACAGUGAUAACAUAUUGUUCUACAUUAGUUUUCUAAACCAAAACUAUAUUGCAAUUUUCUAGAUUGAAACCUUGAUUGUAUUGAAAAGUCAGUCUCUUAGGUCCUAAAUAUAUAACAAUAUAUAACAAUAAAGACAAAAUAUAAAAAAACUAUGCCCUGAGACCUUUAUUUUGUAAAGAAGAGACAAUUUAUCAUAAUUCCAAGGACAUAGAUUUUUCAGGACCAUUAUCCCUAACUUUUGCAAUGUGAGAGCUUGAAAUUUCUGUAUUAGGAACAGAUACAUUUUAAUUCUGGAAUAUAUUUGUGGCUAAAAUAUAAGGGCAAAACUUUGCAUGUUUAUUUAACUGGAUAAUUUUUAUUUAGUAGACUUAGUCUAAAUAAACACAGUAUAUGGAUGGAUAUUUUGCAGUAUUACUUGGGGUGGGGAAAGAAAGGCAUGAAUCUGCAAGCUACUAAGGAAUUGUCUUAAUUCUGUGUUAAAUAGACAAAAGUGAGAAAUUAUAAAUGAAUGACUUGGGGCCUAAUAUAUUGUUUCUGAAGUGAGGAUUGUACAUACCCCACCUCCAUACCCCUUCAUAUAUGUGGCAAUCACAGCCCAUACAUAUAAUCUCUUAAAUUGUGAGAUGAUUCUGUAUCAGUUAUUUUUUUUGGCUUUUUUCAAAAUUACACUGUGCUGAUCUUGGGAUUUUUCCUGCCGAGCCCCUAAAUCCUGCCUAUCAACAUAAAACUGCAGAGUUUGCUCUGUUUUAUAUUUUGUAAAUUAAUGAAUACUCUUUAUUUAAAUACUCAUACUACACUUUAUAUGAAGAGCUUAAAGAUGAUAUUACUCUGUUCAUACUUCAAUUUAGUGAACAAAUAAUGUAAACAUUUUAUAAGUAAACUCCCUUAAAACUUUAUUAUUUGGGGGGGCAUUUUUCAUUACAAAAACAAUGAAUUAUAUAUUAUACUCUUCAACAACUUUUCAAUUUUUUAUUAUUGCUACUUUUUUAGAAGGAUCAUGUUUACGAUAGUACAAUGCUAUCUCAUUUUAUAAGCCUUCUGUACCUUUUGAUGCGGAAUGUGUUUCUACCAUCUGAGAUGUCUAGAAAGCACCAAGCCUUCAUCUUGGGGGGAGAUGAAUGAGGGUUGGGGAGAUCCCUAAUGUUUUGAGGAUUGGAGUAUAUGCUGUGUUAAUGCUCCAGUUACCUCUCUAAGUUUCCACAUCACAUUGGCCCUUUAGACCAAUGUUUGUGACCCUUUCAGCUUGAAUGUUUGAAGAACAUUAUUAAUAGCUACCCAGAGUUGCCUUGAAUUGCAAGAUUGAGUGGCAUAUAAAUUUAAUAAAUAAAAUUAUUGGCAAGGGAUGAGAGGGGUGUUGGCAGUUUAGCAUAUAACUAGCAUACAGAUAUUCUUCAUUAGCAUAGCAUAUAUUUUGGAAGGAGCAGGGGUCACAGGAAGUAUGGAUUUUCUGAGCUCUCAAGCUGAAAGCCUUACUUUAAUCGCAUUGCCUGCUCCUAGCAACAGCAGAUCCUUGUUUUGAAUGCUGUGUUGUUUUAGCAUUUCCUCGCUUUCUCCUACAUAUCAGAAAAACUGAACAAACAACAUAGGUAGGGUCAAUUAUGUUCCCAUAUGUAAUCUCAAAUAUAAUUAAUUUGGUCUUCUUUUUUUUUUUCAUUCUUAAUAAUAGUAAAGAAGUUUCAUUUCUGGCUUUGCUAAAUAAAGUGAAUCUGUCCCAUCUUUGGAUCCUAAUUAUAACUGGCAUUGUGUCUCUUAUUUCUUUGUUAAUUCCGUUCUCCAUUUUUACUUGUUUCAGCUCUGGUGAAUGCUGUUCUCAUAAUACAGUUUCAACCAUUUACUAAAUCCAAUCUGGGCAGCUCCAUUGUACUAUUCAGCAAUUUUUGAAAUAGAAACCACUCAUUUUCCUACAUUUUGUAGGAAGUAUAUCCAUAGUUAAGCCCUGGAAAGUCUUUGUGCUAUCUUGAAACAAAUAAAUCACUACAUCAUCAUUUCUUCUCUUUCUAUGGAUAAAUGGAAUUUAGACUUGCAAUUCUGAUGCAGUAUUAAAUUUGGUUGAUAGAAGCACUUGCAUUUCUGUUUAAAAUAAUAGGGAUGGAGAAAGGGAGAGGAGGUGCAUAGAAAUUGCUCUGCAAUAUUCCUUUGAAAUAUAUGAAACUUUUAUUCAAUAAUACUUGUGUUUAAAAUGAAAUGCACCCCCUCCCCUUGUGGGGGUAGCCAAAUGUACUUGUUCCACAAGAUCUUACAGUAAAAUCAAUAGAUUUUUAAUAUUUUGUUUAUGUAGCUACCUUUUAUGCUUGGUCAAUUCAAACAUAGGUUUAUACUGUUCUCCAAGAGAUGAGAUUUAAUUAAAUUAGAUCAUGGAUUUAAUUAAUAGUAAAGCUGGUUAAGAAUGCCUAUUUAUUCUUGACAACUUGAGGGAAUUCAGCUUUACACUGCAGAAGCAUUUUUGAAUAUGCAUGAAUUAUUUCACUUGAAGUCAAAUUCCCAUUAAUUCACCUUUGCCAUAUAUGUUCUCUUCUUCCUUCUAACUUCUUUUCUUUGGUUAAUGUCAGAUUUUUCUCACUGUCCAGGGACUGUUUAUAAAUUAGAGUAGGUUGAAUUGUUUUGAUUCAAGUCUUGUCAUUUGGGGGAUUUUUUCUUUUCUUUUAUAUAAUUCAACCUUUGUACGCAUGUAAUCUUUAUCUCUUAGUUCAAUGUACAGAUGUGAAAAUAAUUUGGUAAAAUUAGUGUCCUUUAACUGAUAAAGAAAGAAAUCAGAUUACUGUUACUUGAAGAAACUUCCUAAUUUCAUAUCUGUCAUUUUGAAAAGUGUACGUUCUCUAUUACUUAAAAGGGAGUAUGGUCUAGGUGCAAUGCUCUAGGAACAAUAUAAAUAUGCAUUUCCUCUUCUGGAUAGAUUUGAAGGAAGUCCAUCACAUUUGGCUAGACAGGAUAAGUCAUGACUUGUUUUCUGUACGAAAACCUUCUUCUGAAAUAUUUCUGAAUAUUUCUUCUGAAAUAUUGUUCCUCUGUAUCUUCCAGAGAAGAGAAACAAGGCUCAGUUCAUUAAAUCAUUGUCUGGCCACAAUUAAUUUGACUUGAAUAUAUGAUAUGAGAAUGCACACUGUGGUUCUUAAUAAUUGAAUAUUUUGCAUGGUAAGCCAUAAAACAGUAGUUAAGUUCAUUUUGCUCCUUUCCAUCUUUGAAUUUGUCAAAACAGAUAGUUAAGCCACAAAUAAAGUAUUCUUCUGUUUUAAAAGAGAAAAUUCUCCAUUCCCACUCUAUGUGAACUUCAGUCUUAACAAAUACAGUACAAAUUGUUCACUGAGUUCUGCCAUUAUUCUGGAUACAUGACCUAUGAAAACAUCCUAAAGAUACCAAGUUUCCUAAUCUGCUCCCUUAGUAUCUAACAUGUAAAGAAACAUCAGGUUUCAUCUCUGAACAGCCUCUCAAGUUUUACUUUUGCUCAGCUCUGAAAUACGCUGUUCUUUAGGGGAUAAUGGAUACUUGGGUUCAGUGCUCUUUUAAAUAUACUAAUUUUACAGGUUAGUGGUUUACUGCUUCUGAUACUGCCUUCCUACAGUACUCAAUGAACAGUGACAACAAAUAGAAAACAUGCAUUGGAGAAUGGGCUAAUGCUGAUUUCCUCAACCAUGAUGUAUUUCAGAAAUCCUGCAUUACAACUUCCAUCUUUCCAUUUAGAAAGGAAGAAAAGAAAGUGGCCACCAAAUUUUUUUAAAAAACUUUAAAAAUGAUCUUAAUUGCCACUAAGGUAAAAAAUAAAUUGAACAAAUAAUUAUAAAUUUAUAAAUGUAAAUGAAUAAAUGAGACAACCCUUAUCAAGGGUGUUACAAAAAAAAUUACACAAUUUAAUCCACCUUAAAGAUUCAUAUGUAAAUAAAGACCACUUUUAAUAGCAUAUUUGGAAUGUGCAGUAUAAGGAGCACUUUAAAAAACUUUUUAAAAUUAGUUUUAUUUCACUUUAAAGCUAAAGUCAAAACAACAAAGUCAAUAUAACAAAAAUAUCCGGGAGCUACUAAAAAUUCCCAUUAAAAGAAGGGAAGAUCUAUACUUUUGGAGAGGGCAAUGACUUCACAAAUUAAAUUCAUAUUUGAAAUUAUUUUGUUCAUCUUUUGUCCCUUUCCAAUUACGCUUAACAGUUUUAAUGAAAUACAGUAGACCACUUUCUCCAUCAGGUCACUGAAAAUAUCUAGGUGAUUUUUGCUAUUUUUCUGAUUAUUAACAAUGCUGUUUUGACUGAAAAAAGACAUAAGAGUGAGAAUCUACAAAGAGAAGUAUUUUGCAUAUUUAUCUUAUCAGCAAAAUCAUUUCAAUGAAAGAAUGCUGUCAGAAAUGCUUGAAGGGGAGCAAUAGUUUAAUUUCAUAGACGUUUCUAUUUAAAAGGACUUGGCAUGUCCAACUGAAAAAAAGUGAUAAGGCUGGAAAUGAAUUAAUACAUCAUUUUGUUGUGCAAAAAAGAUAUUUUAGGCAUAUACUUUGGAGAGAAAGGGAAAGUGAAGGCAAAGGGAAUGAAAAGUGCAGUAUCUGAGGAUCAAAUCAAUAGUAAAUAUUGUCUGUCCUCAUUUUGUCCCCUGAGGAUUAAACUAUUUCAGAGUAAUUUCUUUUUUGUUUUCUUAAUAAAGUUUUUAUUACUACUUUGUUCUAUGAUCCAGAAACAUAUUUCUAAAAUUUGAUCUUUAUUUCCAUUAAAUGCUUUGCUAAAUUUACCUUAUGAUUUUUAUAUUCCUUAAAUAACUUGCAAUCCUUCAUUUGAGAGGUUUUUUUACCUACAUAAUUGAGACAUGAGCUUUACGUUAUAGCUAUGAUAUUUAUGUUAUAAUACAUUGUGAACCUUGUAAGUGAUGUCUCUGCCCCUCUACUAGAUUAUUAAUUUACAGUAGACUGGCAUACCUACAAGGAAAAUGGCCUUCUGUUUGGGAAGUCUUGUGGCAAUCCUGUAUUAUGGUAAAAUGUUCCUUACGCUAAAAUCACUUCCAAGCAGAAGUGUUGGAUGUAGGAAAAAUGGGAAGUAUAUUAUUUCUCUUCAUUAAGAGGCCACCAAGUUGAAGAAGACUAGAGGUGGAAAGUUAAAGGGGAAUAUUGAAGGUGAAACCAAGUAAUCAUGAACUUCAGAAUGUCUAUAGAAAUUCUCAGUCAUCUAGGUCAUGGUUGUCCCAAAGAUGCUUUUCUAAGGCAACUGAAUUUUGUUUUUUACUUGAAGACAUUUCGCUUCUCAUCCAAGAAACGUCUUCAAUUCUGGAGGAGCUUCUUGGACAAGAAGUGAAAUGUCUUCAGAAAAAGCUUCUUGGAUGAGAAGCAAAACAUCUUCAAGGAAAAAAACAAAGUCCCAGUUGACUUUUGAAAAAGCACCUUAGUGAUGAACUUCAGAAGUUUUUGAUUAGGAAAUACUUAUUUAGGAAUUGACAUUACACCAUUCAGUGCUGGAAACCUCCAUCUGGGAGCUUGGGGCAGAAAGUGCAUCUUGUUAACUCUACCAAAGCAUUCACUGAUUGGGCUGGCUGUUACAAAUGCUUCAGCCCUAAACUUUCUUACUUGGAAGUGAGCCCUAUAAAAAUGGAGGGGAUUUGCCUCCAAGUAAUUGGAUGGGAGGUGAUUUGUUGCUAUUUUGAUGCUGCUUUGAAUGGUUUGUGAGAUUAUGUGGAGACAAUGUGGCAUGUGCUAAAGACCUUAUGGGCAUUCCUGUGCUUCUUAUUUACCCUCUGCCUUCCCCCCGCCCCCUUUUGGUGGAUUGGCCUCUUAUGUUCCUCUGGGGAUAUUGGACACAUUAAUGCAUGUAUGUAGAUGAAGAUGUAGUUGAAAGGAUUCUGCAUGUUUAUAGUUUCUAAAGUAACUUAAGAGCCUCCUGCUCAGCAGACAGAGCCCCUCUCCCCCACUGUCUGAAUCAACAACACUCAUUGAAGUCAAUGGAAAGAUUCCGAAGGGGUCAAAUGAUUCUUCCGAGCGAGCUAACUUUAUGCUCUCUUUUUGUUGUGCCUCAUUUAAAAUGGUGCUCUCUCUCUCUCUCUCUCUCUCUCUUUCUUUUUUUUGCAGCUUAUCUCCUCUGCUUUUGAUGUUUUAGGUGCUCAUGAAUAUAUUAUACACAUAUCCUACCCAAUGGGUAGAACAAAAUGAAAUCCAUUUUUAAUAUUGUAAAAUGUUCUGCUGGAGAGAAGAUAACUGCUUGAGCACAAAAGGACUCACAACUUGAUAAUUGCUUACGCAUCUUUAGUUUGUGUUUUGUAAGAGAAUUUGCAAUGGAAUGCAUUCAGAAAAGAAAUCCAAAUAUUUUUAUUUUAUUACGAAAUAUCCAAAUGAUUUAAGGGAAAAAGGAAGCCUGGAACAAACCACUUUCAGCUAAUCUACAGACAGUGAUUGAUACAUGAAUCUUUAUUUAUUAGGAGAUUUUUGUGAGUAUGUUUAUAUUGACACUUUUUUAAAAAGUCAGUUUUAACUGUGGGUAGCUGCUAGUUUGAUUUUUUUCCUGUUCUUAAUAAAAUUGGACCAGUAUUCAAUCCAUUAUUUAUUAUUCCCUAUCAAUCUCAGUAUGGACCAGAUCUUGUGAGCCAUUGUUUUUUAAAUACCAAUAUUUUUAAAAACUACAUUAUGAACUUGGCUUUAAAACAUCCCUGAAAAAUAUAAGGUGUAUAAUUUUACCAAAUGAAAUUUUUUAAAAGAUGCCAUUUCUACUUUUAAAAUUUUCAAAGUGGUGUUUUUAAGGGGUACAUGUUUGUAUUUAGUAUACAUCUUUUUACAUAUAUAGUAUAUGUUCACAAUCCAUGCAAAAGUGCACUCUCAGAGGAUCUGAAGCAACAUUCAGCAUUCAUAGCAUCCCGGAAACAAUAUAUCUACAUAUCUAUGUUGCCCACUCCAUGUACUUGCUGUGUUUUUUAUUCGAUGCACAACACUGUCAUAUUUGUGUGUCUUUUCCUACAGUUGUGUAUGAUUUUUUUUAAAAAAAGGUUUGUCUGAAUGUUACAUGUUGAUAUUUGAAAUACUUUAAAUUAGAAUGACUUCUGAAGAACGUGGAUUACAAUUUUUCUGUAUUUCCCUGUUCAGGUUCUUUCAUUUCCUGGUUGAUGACUUAAAUAUUACAAACAUUAUCCUAUUGAAUCUAAGUAGUACAUUUUGGAUUCUUUGAUUUUCAUUUGGAGAAUGAGAUGAGUUUUAGUUUCUGGAUUACACACCAGAAAAAUACUCUUUUAUUUGGCAGAUACUGAUCUCAGCGUGAUUGCCUUGGCAAGCCAAGUUUACCACCUGUCCAUGCCAAGGUCUGUUUUGAGGUCUUAUCUUGAUGGGCAAAGCAGAUAUUUUAGAAAAAUAAAGCAGGUUUUAACACUGAAAACAACUCAGUCUUUCCCCCUCUUAAGAAGCUCAUUCAGUAUCCCAUGAUCCAGCAAUGGGAGACCUCUUCAUUGAAACAGAGUCUAUUGGUCUACUGGGUUUCUUAUUUUGAAUCUGAUUUAACUCAGUAGAACUGUCCUACUCUGCUCAUAUUUUAAAAUUAGUCCCUAGCUGCUACAAUCUGGGACCACAAAUUAAUGGAUCAUGCCACACACACCCUACUGUUGUCAUCAUAGGUAGGCUACAAUUCUCCCCCCCCCCAAAUACCUAUUAGUAGUUUGGCCAUCUUCUAGCUUCAAGCAGAUCAAAGUUUCAAGUACAUGUGUUAAUAAUAAUAAAGUUUGACUGCCAUGAACGGAAGUCAUCACUUAACUAUUUGUGGGAAGGACUGACCUGAAGAUGAAAGAGUAGAUGGUCUUCACAGGACAAUUAUCAUAGUCAAAGAAGUUUAGAAGUAUGUUUUUACUCUAUUCUUACUAGAUAAUUGGUUAGAAUUAUGGGUGUUUCAGUAGAAUACAUCUGGAAGAGAUCAGGCUGGGAAAGUUAUAUUGGCUUACCUUAAUUUUUAUAUGUACCUUCAUUAGAGUUUUGCUAAUAUCCUCAUAGAUACAGACAAUACUUAUGUCCUGUACUAGGUUACUAACUGAUAUACAGCCCUCCCUGUAGUGAGAAGUUUUCAAUUUCAAAUGGACUGUUCUGUUCCUCUUUUUUGCACAUGUGAUGCAAUUAGGUUCACAAAAAACUAUGCCUAAUUAAUUGGUAUUAAUUAAACAGGGACAUGAAAUUCUAAGUUUUAUUGGUUUGAUGAUGUAUUGCUCAGUUUUGUGUUUACCCUGCAUUAUGGCAAUGCUUUGCACAGUACGGAAAGCUUGCAUCUGUGUGAACGUCAUGCCAGGUGCAAGUUACGAAUUGCAAUAACCUUUGCUGUGUAUAGCCUGAGGACCAAACAAGAUGCUUCUCCUUUCAGAAUUGCCAGCCUGUGAAGCUUGCAGUGGUGGAAGGUAUGACAGAAUGUAUUGUUAGAACUCAUUCAUAUUUUAGGCAAACGAAAAGACAUACAUAUAUUUUUCAGGGGAAAUGGCACCCAAGGCCUAUUACCCAACAAGCAAAAAGCUAUUUCAACAGAGUAACCAUUGAUUUAUCUCUAGUACAGAAGCAAUUUGCACAGCAAAUGAUCUUUAGGAUAGCUGACUUUGAUACAGAAAAUGUCAUAGUAUUUACAGACACCUGUCUAUUAGCUAUUGAUUUCCUGUCACAAAACAAAAAGACCUUUUGGAGGAACAUUUCUGUAGGAAAGUGGUGGUCAAUCUCCAUUUAAUUCCCCUCCUGCAAGGCUUGUAUUGCCUCUCCAUAAAGUCCCUUAGAGGCUGCUAAGGAAAGGUAGGAUCACAAACAUCUUUCUGCUUCGUGCCUGCUUUCAGCACACUGUUUAGUUACAUAGUAAUGCUAAUUUCCACAUCUAAUAUGUAAUAGCCCAAUAAGGCUGCUGCUUUUUCCCCAUGGGUCAUAUUUCUCGUUUUUUUUAUCUACCCUGAUUGCUUGGUAUGUAUUCAGUUUGUUUCAAGAGUGUUUUUUUUUUAAAAAAAAUGACAACAAAAUACAGCACUAUUCUUGAUAUUUAGCCUUUCAUUUAAAGUUUGCUUUUUAAAUGUUUUCAAAAGGGAAAAUAUGUUGUGGCUUUUAUUGAAACUUUUCAACAGCUGUUUAUGUGAAGUUACAUGAUUCUUGCUUUGCUUUAAGAGACUUUCCUUUUAACCCAACUUAAUCCCAAUCUGGAAACUUCUUGCCUUUUUUCCCCUAGAGCUCCCAGCUUUCCCGAUCAGCAUGGAAAACAGGAACUGUAGUAGAACAUACCUUCAAGGCACAAGAUUGGGAAAGCUCCUUUUAUACUAAUCAGAUUGCUAUUUAAUUUUAAUGUAACUUGUGGUUAUAUGCAGAAAAAGACUUUUUAACAGUUGUGUACCUGCCUCCUCCUAACUGAGUAAAUGGUGAUGUUUUAAUUUCUAGACCUAAGGUCUGUUCUUGCAAUACUUUUAAGGAAAAAUAUUGCUCUAAGUGCUAUUGUUAGUUUUAAAUACAAAUUUUAUGCUUGUUCUUAAGAAGCUGUGGUCAAACUGCAGAACAAAACUAUUAAAAAAUGCAGCAUUAA